GCACAGACGCAGGUUUCCAACGACCAAUCGCCGCGAAUAGUCCGCUCCAGUGAAAUAAUAUUCAGGGGAAAUACAAAAUCUAUGUAAAAAGUGUUAGAAAUUUAGAGAGAUUCAAACUAAUUUGCAGCUUUUUAUGUAAAACGCAGAAGUUAGUGAAAGCUUAAGCCGGGAUAUAGCGGAUACACAAAUUCACAAUGGAGAGCUUUGCAGCAGUAGCCACACAACUGGGGCCACACUUUGCCCCACUGUCCAAUGGAUCGGUAGUAGACAAGGUCACACCCGAUAUGGCGCACUUAAUUAGCCCAUAUUGGAAUCAGUUUCCCGCCAUGGACCCCAUCUGGGCGAAAAUUCUUACCGCUUACAUGAUAAUAAUUGGCAUGAUUUCCUGGUGUGGAAAUGGCGUGGUGAUUUACAUAUUUGCCACCACAAAAUCGUUGCGUACGCCUGCUAAUCUGUUGGUCAUCAACCUGGCUAUAUCCGACUUCGGCAUCAUGAUCACCAAUACGCCAAUGAUGGGCAUUAAUCUGUACUUUGAGACUUGGGUGCUCGGCCCAAUGAUGUGCGACAUCUAUGCCGGCCUGGGCUCGGCCUUCGGCUGCAGCUCAAUUUGGUCCAUGUGCAUGAUAUCGCUGGAUCGUUAUCAAGUGAUUGUUAAGGGCAUGGCCGGCCGUCCAAUGACCAUCCCAUUGGCAUUGGGCAAAAUAGCCUACAUAUGGUUCAUGUCCAGCAUCUGGUGCCUGGCGCCCGUAUUCGGCUGGAGCAGAUAUGUGCCCGAGGGUAAUCUGACAUCGUGCGGUAUUGACUACUUGGAACGCGAUUGGAAUCCACGCUCAUAUCUGAUCUUCUACUCCAUCUUUGUCUACUACAUCCCGCUGUUCCUGAUCUGCUACUCCUACUGGUUCAUCAUUGCUGCCGUCUCUGCUCACGAGAAAGCCAUGCGCGAGCAGGCCAAGAAGAUGAACGUCAAAUCUCUUCGCUCGUCCGAGGAUGCUGAGAAGAGCGCUGAGGGCAAACUGGCCAAGGUCGCUCUGGUCACCAUCUCACUGUGGUUCAUGGCGUGGACCCCAUACCUGGUCAUCAACUGCAUGGGCCUGUUCAAGUUCGAGGGCCUAACACCACUGAACACCAUUUGGGGCGCUUGCUUCGCCAAGUCGGCUGCCUGCUACAAUCCAAUUGUAUACGGCAUCAGUCAUCCCAAGUACCGCUUGGCUCUGAAGGAGAAGUGCCCCUGCUGCGUCUUUGGCAAGGUGGAUGAUGGCAAGUCCAGUGAUGCUCAGUCCACAGCGACAGCUAGCGAGGCUGAGUCCAAGGCAUAAGAGACAACGACAAUAACAAUAACAACAACAACAACAACAAUAACAACAACUUAUUACAACAGCAACAAAACAACAACAACAACAGCAUGAACAACUGCAGCAACAGAACGAAACGCUUUCGAAUAACAAUAAUACUAAUUUGUUACAUAACAGCAAUAUGUUAACUAACAUAUGUGAAAUUCAAACUUCUGCAAUGUCAAUAAAGACUAAAAAAAUCUAUA